AUGAUAAAUAAUUUAUCAUCCGCGUGUUCAGAGGCAGCAGCAGCAGCACCAGACCUUCUCCUGCAGCCCCCCCAUUACGCUGCCUGUACACCCCAUGGCUCUGCAUCAACAGAAGCAGAAGCUUCAACUAACGAAAGCACUGCAGCACCGCCGCUGCAGCUAGCUGCCAGUAGAUCCAUCCAGCUUGAGCAAGCCAGCGGCAGCAGCAGCAGCAGCAACAGCAGCAGCAGCAGUAGCGAUUGCUGCAGCAGCAGUUUCUUUGCUCUUCUUGAUUCAGCUGAAGGAGCUGUGGGGUCAGAUCCCAGCGCCAUCCCCAUCUCCUCCUUCUCCUUAGAUUCCUCAUCGCAGCAUGCGGUUAGCCUGGAGCCAGCAGCAGCAGCAGCAACAGCAGCAGCAGCAACAGCAGCAGCAGCAACAGCAGCAACAGCAGCAGCAGCAGCAGCAACAGGGUCACCUGCUGUCUAUAAUACCCCAGAGGUGCUGCAGCCGUCUCUGAAUUCCCUUUCUCCUUUUGGUUUAACGAUAGGCGCCAACAACUUUGCUGCUGCUGCAUCUGCUGCUGCUGCUGCAUCUGCUGCUGCUGCAUCUGCUGCUGCUGCAGCAGCACCACAGACUGCAGCAGCAGCAGCACCACCAGCAACAGCAGCAACAGCAGCAGCAGCAGCAGCAGCAGCAGCUCCUGAUGAUAUACUCCCCAGCAAGAGUUUAUCUGUUGGGCUGCAAGGCCGCAUGCGCUUGAAGGUCUUAAUCAGCAAACGGAUAGAAGAAGACGCAGCGAGAGCAUGUGCUUUGCUUACUGAGCACGGCUUAGAGAACGUUUCCUUACGGUAUGCAACAGUAGCAGAGUUGCUGGCGUUGGCUUGGGUCUUGGGUUUGUGGGGGGCAGUAGAAGAAAUAGCCAGCGAAAAAGAAGAAGAAAAAAGAUUGGGUUUAUACAAAAGGAAAGAUUAUACACAUAACAACCAGCUUUAUGCAGACACACAACAGCAACAGCAACAGCAGCAGCAGCAGCAACAGCUUCUCCAGCAGCAACAGCAGCAGCAGCAGCAACAGAUGCAACAGCAACAGCAACCGCAGCAACAACCACAACAGAUGCAACAGCAACAGCAGCAACCGAUGCAACAGCAACAGCAGCAACAGAUGCAACAGCAUAUGGAACUGCAGCAGCAGCAGCAGCAACAGCAACAGCAGCAGCAGCAGCAGCAGCAGCAGCCAUUGGUUGAACACAGCAGCAAACGCCGAGCUUACCGCUUGAAUUUUUGGAGUGAAGAAGAAAACGAAGAAGAGGAAGAAGAAGAAGAGACAGAAAAAGAAGAAAAAGAAAAAGAAAAAAAAGAAAAAGAAAAAGAAAAAGAAUAUUGCGCUGCUACGGAUAUAAACGCUCUUCUGUGCUCGUCAGAUGCGGGGGCUGAGACAGAGACAGUUGGCUUCGGUUCUCCUUCUCCUCUAUCUAGAGAUAUUCCUUCUUCAUACGAAGCAGCAGCAGACGCCGAUGCUGCUCUCAAAGAAGCUGCAACACAAACAGCAGCAACAACACCAGCAGCAGCAGCAACAGCAGCAGCAGCAGCAGCUGCUGCUGCUGCUGCAGCAAGAGGAACAGACACAUAUUUCCAUAUGGCUGUGGGGGAGGAAACAGGGGCUGCUGAGACAGCCGCGGGAGCGCCAGCUGCAGAGCUGCAGCGGCAGAAACAUUUUGAUCGUAUUGGUCAGUUGGUGGCUGCAGCGAAUCCAGCAGCACCCAACGCAAAGACUGUAGCAGCUGAAAUAGUUUUUGAAUUGCUUGCACUCGUCAACAGAGGGCUGCUGCCUGCUCCUCCUGCUGCUGUGCUGCAGCAGCUGCAAUCUGCUGCAGCUCGUCUGGGGGUCGACUCAACACAAAUAGUUCCUUCGGCUCAGACCAGCGCUUCUCUGGGGCCCCCGUCAGAUGAAGGGCGGGGUGUUUUUGUUGAAUCCAUAGACGUCGGUGACCCCGAAGAAAUUCAAGCGAAAGCUGCAGGCAGCGGCCUGUGGAGGUGUCAGAGAAUUACUGUAUGGAAGGACUUUCGUUACUGGCUCUUUGACUGUGUGGGCGAGCUAUCAACAAAGCAUAGAGAAGCGACUUUCACUCUCUCCGGAAAUAAACUCUAUCAGGCGGUCAUUCAAACAGGCAACGAUGAACGCGUGGGUGAAUUACAGUCUAUUUUGCUGCACAACACGGCCGAAGAAGAUCCCUGGUACUGCGAGACCGUCCGCAUAACAACAGACAGCAGCAGCAGCAGCAGCAGCAGCAGCAGCAGCAGCAGCGGGGGCAGCAGUGUAUCUUUCACAGUAAAGCGGUGGAUAGGGAGCCCGUAUGAUGCUGCUGUCUCUGUCUCUCUGCGGCCUUCUCUAGACACAGAUGCAGCCCCCCAAGACGUGCAGUGCCACACCAGGGGCUCAGACCUCGUCACCCUGUAA